AUGGCGGUCGAGGGCACCUACAAGCUCAUGAAGUUCCUUCUACUGGUCUUCACAUUCUGUUUCUGGACUUCUUACAUCAUCUACACCGAGUUGGAUCGCUAUGUCAACUAUUACUACGUGCCCGGCUACGAUGAGAUCAAGUUCACGAUGGACCACAUGCAACAGUUCGGGCGCUGUUGCGGUGCUAACGGUACGUUGGAUUGGAGCCUGAGACAGGUGGAGAUUCCCAAGUCAUGCAUAAACGGCUUCAGCGGCGAACGCUACCUUAGGGGUUGUUCCGAACAAAUCAUGUUCAGUUAUCGGGCCUUCUACGGCAUGCUUAUUUCUCUGGGAAUCUACGUCACCUGUGCACUGCUCACUGGUCUGAUGUGCACGGGAUGUCUGUGGAGGUCGAUCGAAAACUCCGAAGACAAGUGGAAUUAAAAGAUGGCCGCCUUCGCCGCCGUGGUUGUCAUGACGAAAUCAGCACAGCUUCCUGGGUUACAGACGACAGUGUGACGUCAGAGACGGAAAUCAACAGCAAAUGUGUGCGACGAGCCUUCCUCCCCCGCUCCUCUUCCCACACCCCUUCCUCUGGCGCUCCUCCUUCUACACCCUCUUCCCCUUCUUCCUCCGCCCCCUUUCUUCCCCGUCCCUUCCUCCCCUAACCCCCCUCUACCCGCCGAUCUGUUCACGCCCUCCCACCUCACAUAUCCGGCAAGCAAGAAGGUCGUGACCUUUGUCGCUAUGGGAACGCCGGAAAAUAGAUCACAAUUCUUGCAUGGCAAUUGGCAACUCAGUUCUUUCUUCCAACACCUAUUUUAAUAAUGUUUUAUCCAUAGCCAAUGCUGCUCACCUCA